AUGACAACCAAAUCUAUCUUGCUCUGUGCGAGUUUAUUGGGAAUUGCUUUUCUCGUGGUAUCUGCUCAGCCACUUCUUUACACUCUCGAAGAAAUACCAAAAGAAGAAUACGUUGAAGUUGUGAAGAAGCUCAAUGAUCAAAAACGCGUAAUGGUCAAACAUAUGAAUGUUGCUGAGGGCUUUGAAUUGACGUGGGAUCCGGAACUCGUUAAACAACUUAACGAAACAUAUUACUUUGAGGCUGACUGGGAUAAAAACUUUGUUGGUAUCUUAUCUAGUUUAAAAGGACCUCCUGGAUCAAAUUGUCACGAUGGUUACACGAAUAAUGAUGGCUUGUGUUCAUUGAUUCCUCCGACCACUACUACUGAGAAACCACUCACUAAACCUCCUGGAAUUCAUGUGACCGAUGCGACCGAUGUGACCUCCGGAUCGUCGUCUACUUGUUUCCUCAUCGGAUUUUUGCUCUUCGUCGUUUCUUUCUACUCGUCGUACUGA